AUUGUCGACGUCGGUAGUCUGUGCAGCACACGAUUCGCGGAUGAUCGCACCCUGCGCUCUCGGUUCUCAUAAUAAUAAUCGUGAAAAAUAAAAGUGCGCCGUUUAUGGCCAGUGAUUUUUGACGCCCGGAAGUACUACAAUAAUUUUUUUAUGGUAUCGGAUCAAGAAAUAAUUAUUUAACGCGCCCGCCACAAUGGAGCACACCGUCAAAUAAAAAAGAAAAAAUCUUAUUCCAAACAUAAACACUUUCAAGAAAAUGUCAUUUGCCUAGUCAAAGUAGAAUAAAUCCACUCAUAUGCACAGAGACGCUCCGUACGUCUUCAGAGAUUCAGUAAAAUUACGUCAAAAACUUCUACAGAGAACCACUACGUACUUUAAAGUGGUAGAGUUUGUUAAAAAGGACGCGAUACGGUAUUUCACGUAUGACUACGAAAUACACCAAUCAUAGUAUAAAAUAUUAUGAAUAUAUUCAUAGGUAACUGUUAUCAUUCGAAAAAUCUGGUUAAAUUGAAAUUUCUUUGACUUACCAUAGACAAUAAAAGGUAUAAUUUUAAGUAGAUAUCGUAGCCGUAAAUAAUUCAGAAUUUAAAAAAAAUCGUCAAUAGAUUUGCCUUUGGAAAUUUCAAAUAAGGAAUCCAAGAUGGCUGCAAAAGCAGAGCCGAUAGGGCCGCGAAAUGGACACGAGUUGGCGCCAUUGAACACUCGCGCUGACGGGUCAGAAAGGCCCCAUGGGGUGACCAUAGUGUUACAAGGGUCUAGGGGGUCCCUUCAGAGACCUGAGCCUGGAGAAGACAGAGCGGCGUGGUCAGGCAAGCUGCAGUUCUUCUUGUCUAUUAUCGGAUACUCUGUGGGGCUGGGAAACAUCUGGCGGUUUCCGUAUCUGUGUCAACAAAAUGGCGGAGGCGCUUUCCUCAUCCCGUUUGCCAUCAUGCUAGUGCUGGAGGGGAUCCCUCUCUUCCUGAUAGAGAUGGCGAUCGGCCAGAAGAUGCGUCUGGGCUCUCUGGGCGUGUGGAACACCAUCCACCCGUGGCUGGGCGGCAUCGGGAUCUCCAGCUGUGUUGUGACGCUGUUCGUCGCGCUGUACUACAACGUGAUCAUCACCUGGGUGUUCUUCUACCUCUUCAACAGCAUCAGGUUGACAGCUGACCAGCUGCCCUGGGCGCAUUGCCCUCAAGACAACGGCACAGCUGAAGCAGAGUGUACCAAAGCGACUGCCACCGUCUACUUCUGGUACAGAGAGGCCCUGGACGCGUCGCCCAGUAUCGAGGAGCCGGGAGUGCCCCGGUGGUGGAUCGUCUUGUACCUGUUGCUCGCUUGGAUCCUUGUGUUCUUCAUUGUCAUGAAGGGGAUCCAGAGCAGUGGGAAGGUGGUGUACUUCACAUCUCUGUUCCCGUACGCUGUGCUGACCAUAUUCUUCGUGCGCGGCAUUACGUUGCCUGGCUCUGCUGAUGGCAUCAUACAUAUGUACAAACCUAAGCUGGAGAAGCUCCUCCAGCCAACAGUCUGGCUGGACGCGGCCACCCAAGUAUUCUACUCUUUUGGUCUCGCGUUCGGUUCACUCAUCGCCUUCGGUUCCUACAACCCGCCUAACAAUAAUUGUGUCCGCGACGUCCUUCUAGUGUCAGUGUGCAACGCGCUCACCGCCAUCUAUGCCUCCGUCGUCAUCUUCAGCAUUCUGGGCUUCAAGGCUUUCACCAUGACCGAGAAUUGCAUCACCAAGCAAAUCAAGAUCCUGGCCAUGCAUCACGUGAACGGCUUCUUCUUGAACUCGACUCACGACUACUACCGUGAGGAGUUCCCGAGACUGGAACCUUCAAUCACCGCUGCUCUCAACCUCACUGAGUGCACCAUUGGACGGCAGCUUGAGGAAGCAGCAGAAGGCACUGGUCUAGCCUUCAUAGUGUUCACACAAGCGAUCCUCAAACUGACUCCUGCGCCGUUCUGGUCGGUGACCUUCUUCCUCAUGCUGCUGUCCCUGGGGCUCGGUAGCCAGAUCGGUAUCAUGGAGGGUAUGCUGUGCACCAUCUUCGACAUCGACUUCUUCAAGCGGCUCAGCAAACCUACCAUCACUGGUGUGGUGUGCACUUUCUGCUUCUUCGUGGGUUUGAUCUUCACGACCGGCGCCGGCGAGUAUUGGCUCAAGAUGUUCGACUCGUUUGCCGGCACCAUCGGGCUGGUGGUCGUCGCGUUAUUGGAGAUGAUCUCUGUCAUCUAUAUCUAUGGCCACGAGAAGUUCACCAACGACAUAUACGAGAUGACAGGCUAUCGACCCGGCAUCUAUUGGCAGGUGACCUGGCGCUACGUGGGCCCCUUCAUCGUGACCGGUAUCCUUAUAUCAUCUGUGGUCUCCAUGCUUAUUUCCCCGCCAGAAUAUAGCGCUUGGAACGCCGAGGAGGGCCACACGGUGAAGAAAGCUUACCCAGACUGGGUCCUCAUAAUCGCUCUCUUCAUGAUCCUGGCUGGAGUGCUUCCGAUCCCAGUGGUGCUGCUCCUCAGGAGGUUCCAGUGCCUCGCCUUCGACGUGGACAUCCACCAGGGCUCCAUCAGGAGGAUCGAAACCACAGUUUCCACUAAGGAAAUGAUGAGCGAUCAGGACGUGAUUUCCCCGGAGAGUGCGCCGCCUGCGCCCGCGCAGCUUGUCGCUGAUGCCGCCGGUACCAAGUUCACCAUCGGCGAUUUUGACGGAAUGGACAGCAGCGACGAUAGACCCAGCAAACGCCUGCCGAAGAGCAUCAUUCGCAGCCGCCCGAAGAAAUAAAUUCAUCAUCAGACUCUGAAGACGGGGAGGUGCGCACGUCCGGUCGCUACGAAGCCUCGAGCAGUAGUGACGAUACUGACGAUAAUGAGCUCCUAAACGCGCGCGGCCGGCUCGCCAUGAUGAUUAGUCACAAACCAACCAAUUUCAAAAUGGAGGUUGCCGAUUGACCCGAAUGGAGCAAUGAUAAAUACAGACUGUCAAGAAAGUGACGAGAUUAAAUGAGGACGCUGUCUCAUGUUGGCUGGCAACACUGGGGGUUUCAACCAAUUUUGUUGUUUAAUAAAAUCAGUUUUCUUCACUUUCUUGACAGACUGUACGUCAGCUGCGUUACGCGUAUUCAUCAGCGCGAUAGAAUAGUGUGGCGCGCCCAUCUCUUUUGCGCACUUAAUUGUGUGAUUGCGUCACACGUGACGGCAUGGACAUAUUAAUGAUUCGUUACAGCUUGUCAAGUAUGUGUUGGCUGUCAGAAGGGAAGCCAAUUAAUUUGUUAGCUAUUAUAACUUGUAUUUUAAAACACAAGACUUAUAUUUGUCAGACUAUAAUUUGUGCCAUUUUCUUCAGAAAGAAGGCAAGAAAUACGAUGUAUGUUUUAAAAAAAAUAAAACAUAUAGUUAUCGCUUAUUGUAAUAAAUAUAUAAUACUACUAGGAAAAAAGUAAUUACACAAUGGCAACUUGAAUACAGCAAAAAAAA